CGUCGGUAGGGUCGGCGGCGGAGGCGGGUGGGAAAUGGCGGAGUACUUGGCGUCCAUCUUCGGGACCGAGAAAGACAAGGUCAACUGCUCCUUUUAUUUCAAAAUUGGGGCAUGUCGCCAUGGAGACAGAUGCUCUCGGUUGCACAAUAAACCGACCUUUAGCCAGACCAUUGCCCUCUUGAACAUUUACCGUAACCCUCAAAACUCUUCCCAGUCUGCUGACGGUUUGCGCUGUGCCGUGAGCGACGUGGAGAUGCAGGAGCACUAUGAUGAGUUCUUUGAGGAGGUCUUCACCGAGAUGGAGGAGAAGUACGGAGAGGUGGAGGAGAUGAACGUGUGCGACAACCUGGGCGACCACCUCGUGGGCAACGUGUACGUGAAGUUUCGCCGGGAGGAAGAUGCUGAAAAGGCUGUGAUCGACUUGAAUAACCGUUGGUUCAAUGGGCAGCCCAUCCAUGCGGAGCUGUCCCCCGUGACCGACUUCCGGGAAGCCUGCUGCCGGCAGUACGAGAUGGGGGAGUGCACGCGAGGUGGCUUCUGCAACUUCAUGCACCUGAAGCCCAUCUCAAGGGAGCUGCGGCGAGAGCUGUAUGGGCGUCGGCGCAAGAAGCAUCGCUCCCGGUCCCGAUCCCGGGAGCGCCGCUCUCGUUCCCGAGACCGUGGUCGCGGAGGUGGAGGCGGCGGCGGGGGCGGUGGGGGCCGGGAGCGUGACCGGAGGCGAUCCCGGGACCGGGAGCGCUCGGGCCGCUUCUAAGCCCGGCUGGGAGGAGCUGUGGUGGUGGGUCAACCAAACCAGUUCAUAGUGGGGAUUUUUUUUAAAAAACAACAAAAAAAAACAAAGAUGGGUUUCUGAAUAAACUUUGUAGUGAUACAGUA